CCUCUGGAUGGUCUAAUGGAAAAGUUAAUUGCAGCCGAACGCAAAACCCCACGUUCCCACGGGUCGGAAAAACGCCCCACGUGCAGCACCCGGUCUCAGCUAGAGCUGGAGAUGGACGCGGAUAAGGGGAAGCAACGCCAGUACUCGCAGAGGAUGGCGGAGCCUCGCUUCAACAACCCCUACUUCUGGCCGCCCCCCCCCACCAUGCCCAGCCAGCUGGACAACCUGGUCCUGAUCAACAAAAUCAAGGAGCAGUUGAUGGCGGAGAAGAUCCGCCCCCCACACCUGCCCCCCACCUCGGUGGCCUCCCAGCAGCCCCUCCUGGUGCCCCCCUCGCCCGCCGAGAGCAGCCAGUCCAUCAUGUCCCUGCCCAAGCUGCAGCAGGUGCCGGGGCUGCACCCCCAGGCCGUGCCCCAGCCCGACGUGGCCCUGCACGCCCGGCCGGCUACCAGCACCGUCACAGGGUUGGGGCUGGCGUCCCGCGCGCCCGCCGUCAGCACCUCGGAGUCCAGCCCGGGAACCGGGACCACCACGCCCUCGACCCCCACCUCCACCAGCCAGAGCCGCCUCAUCGCCUCCUCGCCCACCCUAAUCUCAGGAAUCACCAGCCCCCCCCUCCUCGACUCCAUCAAGACAAUCCAGGGCCACGGCCUGCUGGGAGCGCCCAAGGCCGAGCGGGGCCGCAAGAAGAUCAAGGCGGAAAACCCGUCGGGCCCGCCCGUCCUGGUGGUGCCCUACCCCAUCCUGGCCUCGGGGGAGACGGCCAAAGAGGGCAAGACGUACAGGUGUAAGGUCUGCCCCUUGACGUUCUUCACCAAGUCGGAGAUGCAGAUCCACUCCAAGUCGCACACGGAGGCCAAGCCCCACAAGUGCCCCCACUGCUCCAAGUCCUUCGCCAACGCCUCCUACCUGGCCCAGCACCUGCGGAUCCACCUGGGCGUCAAACCCUACCACUGCUCCUACUGCGAGAAGUCCUUCCGCCAGCUGUCCCACCUCCAGCAGCACACCCGAAUCCACACCGGCGACAGACCCUACAAGUGCCCCCACCCCGGCUGCGAGAAGGCCUUCACCCAGCUCUCCAACCUCCAGUCCCACCAGCGCCAGCACAACAAGGACAAGCCCUACAAGUGCCCCAACUGCUACCGGGCCUACACGGACUCGGCCUCGCUGCAGAUCCACCUGUCUGCCCACGCCAUCAAACACGCCAAGGCCUAUUGCUGCAGCAUGUGCGGCCGUGCCUACACCUCGGAGACCUAUCUGAUGAAGCACAUGUCCAAGCACACGGUGGUGGAGCACCUGGUCAGCCAGCACUCACCGCAGCGCACGGAGUCCCCCGGCAUUCCCGUACGGAUCUCCCUCAUCUAAGCGGGGAGGGGGGGUGGCAGCAGGACCCCCCCAGCACGAGGAGGAGGAGGAGGAGGAGGAGGACGAGCCCCCCCGGCGCCGCGGGCCGUGCCCCCGCAGGUUUGGUGACACCCAAAGACGGUUUCAGAGCACUUUGAAUCUCUGCGGUUUGGUUUUAUUUUUGGGGGGGAGGCGGAGGGGGGAGGAGCGGUGGGGGUGGGGGCGUCCCCCCUGCCCCCUGCCAGACCCCCCAUCCCCCCCCCAUUUUUGGAUACAAAUAUAUAUAUAUAUUUAUUGGCCAAGAA